AUGAACGAGCUUAAGUUCCUGUGCAAAGCCCUGAGUUUGUUUUUCUUUGUAGGAACUGCCAGCGCUACAUGUAUUAUCCACGAGGACCUAUUGAAAAUCCAAAACAUCUACUUAAGCAAUACUAAUUGGGUCUACGAUCUUCAACGAACUGACAUUGUGCCACAUGGCCAAAUGAUAUUUCUGUUGUGUCAUGGCGGAAUGCAUCCUUUAGGCUUUCAAUGCCAACACAAUGUUUUCAAUCCGCCGCUAGAAACGGUUAACUGUUCAUCGGUACUCAAAGCUUCCGUUGUAAAUGUACCAGAUACUUCUUGUCCCACUCCUUCCCUUACUUACGCUGUGGGCUAUUACCUCAAAGAUCAUUUUAUGGAGUUAUACAGAAACUGCUACGAUAAGGGAAAAUUAGCAUUGCAACAUUCCAUCUACAAGACUUAUCGCUACACAAAAUCCGCUACUCGUCCUACUUCUGUCCACUGGCAAAGGGACUUAUUAAUGUCAGCACAAGAAGUUGUGUCUUUCAAGAGACAAGUAUCUCAGGCCUGCGUGAGCACUACCUUGGGUGCCAACCAACCGAACUGUGUAUUUGAUCGCGGUCACUUGACACCAAGUUCUGCUUUUAUAUUCACAGAGUUUAAGAAGGCGACCUUCAGAUACUUAAAUGCCGUACCCCAAUAUAAUCUAGUAAAUGUUCAAAACUGGGAGUAUAUCGAGGCCUGGGUUACCAGGCUAGUUAAAGGAAAUUAUGAUAAUCGUUAUCGAACUUACGAUGUCCUUAAGGUUUGCACCGGGGCUCUGGGAGUGCAUGACCUGAAACACUCAAAUAAGAGGAUAACUAGACGGGUUCCUAUUUACCUUCAUAAUGACAUCAAAAUACCCGUUCCCAAGUGGAUGUAUAAAAUUGUGAGCCAUCUUUCAGGAGAUAAAUGGGUGAUGUUAACCUACAACGAUGUAAAUCAGCCAUUUCCACGCGACUUAAACCAGAUCUGCAUUACAACCGCUUGUCCAGAAGGUCUCAAUCGAAAUGGAGUGGGAUUCACUGUCUGUUGUAAGCCACUCGAAUUUAUUGAAAGGAACAUCGUUCAUUUGACUGGCAUUUGCUGACACCGCAAAUAAUCUAAAAAUCUUGGAAUGAAAAUAACCUUGCAAUGGUUGUAUAUUUUAAAUUUAACUUCAUUUGAUCAAUAAAGAAUUGUUUCGCUACCCAUGUAUAGCAGUACAUAAAAAGGAAA